AUGGCUACUAAUACUUCUCACAUCAUCGAUUUGGAGGCGCAAAUGGCGGCUGUUCAGCUCAAACUAUAUUCUGAGGACCAGGAUCUCAAGGACGCCAUUGCUGCGCUAGCGGCUUCGACAAAGGAUCACAUCGAUGCAUUGACGGUGACCUUCGCUCACAGUCGGGAGAAAUCGUCGGUUCAUUCCCGCCUCACUCUCAGUCUCACUUUUCCGAUCAUCAACACUUUCGUUCUCAACAUCGACGACCGUCAAUUCUUGAUCAUUACCCUCGCUUGGAGUUUUGCUACUUCUCUGGUUUGGAUCCUCAUGUGUGGGUGA